AUGGGAUGUGCAGCUGGUUCCAGCAAGCCAGAAGUUCAGGUCACAAAGGUCAAUUUGUGUACUCCGGUAGUGAGAUUUCGUGACUCUAUUGAGACAGAUGAUGGCGACUGGAUGCCGGACUCCGGACCAGUGUUCAGAAAAACAACGGGCCGGGAUUUGAAAUGGAGAAAUUCAGAGGCCAGUGAUGCUCAAAAUCUGUCAGCGUUUUCGCUUCCCGCUGGACGACACUCCUUGAAGGCCCUUGCCCUGUGUUCAAACGUGGUGUUGGUUCCUCCACACGUGGCAUUUGCCGUGGACUGGGAAGUGGGAAAACCACAUGGACAGAUACAGCUGCCUGCAAACUUCAAUGGCAUUGUGCCAAUUGCGCCAGCCACUCCAGAAUUCUUCAGCUACUACGGUGCCAUUUUGACCUCCCAAUUCAGUACCGACAUGGUGACACUGAAGGCUGAGCACGAACUCAUUGAGUUCGAAUAUUCACCAAAUUACAAGGAGAAGUGGGUCCUGAAUCCAGAGCUUGGCCCUGGUGCACUUGGCCUUGAAAGGCAUGAGUUUGCUCAUUUGGAGUGCCCAUUGGAUGAGGACAGUGGUAUUCUGCUCUUAGCAAAGCUCGAAGGGAAGGAGUUGCAAAUGACUGGCUUCAGAAUUCCAGCAUAUCACACAAUCUAUUUGGCUCCGAAGGUAAUCCACUCCAACGAUCAUCUUCGAAACCGAUGGAGGACGAUGCUGACUUCCUUCACGGAAAGAGAGAUAGAACAAGGGUUGGAUGCAAUCGAUCACGUGCUUCUCAAAAAGAAGCAAGCAGAUGAUACGCUUGUGCCAGCAGAUUUGUCCUUUCUGGAUGCACACGUCAUGGCAGAAUAUGGGGCCAGAGCCUCUUGCGUCUUUCAGAAGGCCUCCAUCUCGACCAAAAAGGUUGAGAUGUUGAGCUCCGUGGAAGAGGAGGCGCAAAGACGACUCUCUGUGGAUUCCCUGGAAUUGACAGAACGCAGAAAAUUAGACUGUGCACCUGUUGAGAACCUGUUCUUCCCAAAUGUUGUGCCAACAACACAUGCCACCGCGAUGAUGAUGGAUCCGCCAACUGUCCUGACUCCACUGAAGCCGCGGCGCAAAAGCAUGGAGGACACGCUUGGCGAUGCGGCAUACAAAAAAGUUCUUAGCAAGCUGGGGCAUCGUGCCAGUGAAGCCGCUGUCCAAAGAACAUCAAGGACGUGA